AUGAACAAGAAGACAAUUGAACGGUUGCGGCGCAUGAGAGAAGCACAAGAGACAGAAAUCCAUAAAGCCCAGGGAGCAGCCCCCACGCCGCCAGCCAUAUCCAACACAAGUGCAGCGGGCUCGAGUUCAGAUGCAAGGCCCGAUCUACUUCAGCUGCCAUCGGAAUUGGGGGAAUUUAGUGGCCAGAUCAGGUCAUCCGAGCCCACGUUCGAGGAAUUUUUCCUUCCUGACGAGUGUCUUCUUGAGCUCGAUAACCACUGGCCAUCGACUGCCGCAGAAAGCCCUUCUCGCACUGAUCAGGACAAUUCUCAACUGCCCUUGAAUGCCAUAGCUCCUCAAGUCGAAAACGCUAAUACUAAGCGGGAUGCUAGACCAACACUUGACAACAUUUCUUGUCUGGAGGACGGGCGUCAUGGAAUCUCGCCUCGUCCCAGCACGACCCCUUCUGAGUCGAGCCUCGCAUCCCUACCUUUAGAUCCCCAAGUUCUGCCAGUACAUCAGGAAAGUAAGAGACAAGGCAUCACACACUCGACGUUGUUGACAUCCCCCAUAUAUGACAAUUCUGUCUGCGGCAUCACCUCCUGCACACAUUCGCCCUGUGCCUGCUUCUCCACCGCAACCAACCACCUCUGCAAUCUGCGAACCACACCGCGGAGCGCCGAACAAUUUAGGUCAAUUGAUACUUUACUGAUACACUCGCGACGCAUGCUCCCGUCCAUCCGCCACCUUCUGAAGUGCCGUUCUUGCACCGCAGAUACUCAAGCACUCUUCUUGGCGAAGAUGGUUCUCUCCCGCUUGCUGGAGUGGAGUCGCUCCUCUCUGUCCGCGUAUGGAGUGUGCGCAGAAGUGCGUCUAGGCAGAUACCGCGCUUCUGGAGAGUUUGGCGCCGUCGUAGCAGCGAUGAUCAUCCAGAAACACUUGGGAGAAAUCCGGCAGACGGUGGAGGAGUUUAAGAAGAAGGUGGACGAAAUGCCGCAGGGAAAUUCAGACGCGGCUUAUCUGACCCUGCAAGCGAAGGCCUUUGAGAUUGAGCUUGACGGAUUAGUUGGGAGAGUACCAAAUGACAGUACUGUAUUGGCUCAUUAG